AUGGAUGUGGUUGUGGGAACUUUGUGUUGUAUAGUCGUCGCUUACAGAUUCUAUCAGGAGACAGAUGAAGUUAACAGCUCAGUAUGCACUAGCAUGUAGGGAGUGGCUUACACAAACAACAGGAUCUGGGAUACAGCAGAAUACACUACACCAAUGCAGGCGGUAAACUCUUUUUUUGUGAUGACCAACAUCAUUAGGACGAAUCAGCUUGAUCAGAGGUGCCCUGAGUAUCCCUUCUCCAAAGCCAUCUGCUCUUCAGACAAAUCCUGUGAAAAAGGGAGUGUCAUCCACAGUCAUAAAAUUCAAACAGGAGGAUGUGUGAAUUAUAAUGCAACUGUUAAAACCUGUGAGGUCAGGGCAUGGUGCCCUGUGAAACCCAUGGAAAGCUCCCCCUGGCCUGCUGUUCUGAGGAGUUCUGAAGACUUCACUGUGCUAAUAAAGAACAACAUUCACUUCCCAAAAUUUAAUUACCCCAUACUAAAUAUUCCACCAAAUUUAAAUAGUUUCUGCACAUACAAUACUUCCCCGCUCUGUCCAAUUUUCUGUCUGGGAGAUAUCCUUCAGGAAGCAAAAGAGAAUUUUUCUGAGGUGGCAGUAAAGGGAGGAAUCAUUGCCAUUGAGAUUAACUGGGACUGUAACUUGGACAGCUGGUUUUACGACUGCAGUCCAAAGUAUGGUUUCUGCUGCCUUGAUGACCAAUAAAUAAAGCCUGGAUUACGCUUCAGGUAAAAAAUAUCUUCAUUUACUCUUCGUAAAUAUGCAAGGUACUACUAGCUACCACAUGGGAAGGAGCAGAGAACCCUUUUCAAUGUCUAUGGAAUACGGUUUGAUGUCCCUGUCAUUGGCACACUGCUGCACAAAAUCCGAGCCGUGUGCACCAGUGAGACCAACGAGAACCACGAUAAUGAAGAAUCCAAGCUGAUGGGCACCAGUGAGAACGAGAACCAUGACAAUGAAGAAUACAAGCUGGGGCAACCUCUCAGACAAGGGGCCUCUUCCCUAGACUGCAAAAAGAGGUGCUGCUGUGGCAAAUGCCAGCCAAGACAGAAGUACCAAGAGCAGCUCUGCUGCUGAAGGAAAAAAAGGCAGUGCAUCACAACCACCCAUUGGUUUCAGCAGCUGGUGCUGUCCAGUCACACCCUGAAGAAAGCCCUUCUCUACAAAGACCCCUUUCUGGACUUGAUGGAUGGCAAUAUCAACAACCAGCUGCGUCACCUUGCUUACAAGCAAUACAUUCACUGGCACUUUGGCUCCUUUGAUCUGGAAGACAGAGCCAUCAUUCCAAGCUGCUGCAGGUGAAAAAUUAGAGAUACUUAUCCCAAAGCAGUCAACAACUAUACUGGUUUUAAGAUGGAAUGAGUAUGUAGCACAACUUGAGCUCACACUGUGACUCACCUUGGACAUUUAACCUUUGUUUUCUUUCACAGACCUUUUAAAAAAAAUAAGAAAGCGUGUGACUUCCCAAAAUCUUCUGUGGUACAGCUGAAUUCUUGUAUGCUGUUUUUGUAGAGGCACAGUUGCCUCCUACUUAGUGUAGAGGAACAAAUGCCAUGAGCUGAAGUGCUUGCUUCUGCCUUUACUUUAUUCUGUGAGUCACCCCAGGUGGUUUGGAAAUGUAGGCUCUAGGGUAAAUUCUUAGGGCUACAUUUUAUUGGGAGGUUCCAGGCCUCCUGCCUUUGCACUGGUGCACACCAGAAUCCCAGCUGAGUUAGGAGAUGACCAGAACCCUGAAAAUAAGGUGGAGCCAAGAGUCAUCUCAAAGGAUGACCCCUGAAGGAAAGAAGUCCAAAAGAGAUAGCACUUGAAAAUGUGGUCCUGAGCA